UUCAUCAUUCUUUGUAUGCUACAAUCGUAACACUUUUUUCUCAGACACAAACCAAAAACAAUGAAAAUCCUUCAUAUUCCUUGUUUGGAAGACAAUUACUCCUAUUUGAUAAUUGAUGAACAGACGAAGGAAGCAGCUGUUGUUGACCCUGUUGAGCCUGAGAAAGUUCUAGAUGUUGCUAAACUAAAUGGUGCUGAUGUCAAACUUGUUUUCACUACUCAUCAUCACUGGGAUCAUGCUGGUGGAAAUGAGAAAAUUAAAACACUAGUUCCUGGAAUCAAGGUUUUUGGUGGUUCAAUUGACAAUGUGAAAGGGUGUACAGAUAAAAUGGAUAAUGGUGAUAAGAUCUCACUUGGAGCUGAAACUAAUGUAUUGUGUCUUCAUACACCAUGCCAUACCAAAGGUCAUAUAAGUUACUAUGUAACUGGAAAAGAAGACGAGAGCCCUGCUGUUUUCACUGGAGAUACUAUGUUCAUUGCUGGCUGCGGAAAAUUUUUUGAAGGUACAGCGGAGCAGAUGUAUCAGUCACUUUGUGUGACUUUGAGUUCUUUGCCAAAGCCAACUAGAGUUUAUUGUGGUCAUGAGUACACUGUGAAGAACCUCCAGUUUGCUCUAACAGUUGAACCCGAAAAUGCAAAGAUAGCGGAAAAAUUGUUAUGGGCUCAGAAUCAGCGAAAAUCGGGCUCACCCACUAUCCCAUCAACUAUAGCAGAAGAGCUAGAAACUAAUCCAUUCAUGAGGGUUGACCUUCCUGAGAUUCAGGAAAAGGUGGGUUCGAACUCUGCUGUAGAAGCUCUUCGAGAAAUACGGAAACUUAAAGAUAACUGGAGAGGCUGAUGGAAGAGUUACCCUCAUACUACAGGCUUUUUAUUCUGGUUUGUAAUUCAGUGUAUGUUACUCAAUAAGAAUCUGUGAUGAAUUGUCCAGGGCAUCCAACUUUGCACAAGUUUCUGGAAAAAGUAUAAUAGAUUUCCUACUUUUUAGAACAGCUGAACUAAGAAAUUUAAUAAGAUGGUGUUAGGAAUCGUCAAAUAAUCCGAUACAAGCAUUUAUUUUAAGCAAUGGAAAAGUAACUCCCAUGUAAGUGA